GUGGCGGUGUUUGUCGAAAGUCGGCCGUACUGGGGUGGUGUGCCGGGGAGGAUGAUUGCUGUGCUCGUGGUGGCACCCGUUAUCAUCACUUGGAACACCGCGGAGUUCAUUGCAAUUUGUGUCCGCAAAUCGAGCGGGAUACCAGCCGUGUAUCAUGUCGGGGCUGAUGGGAUCUUGUUUGUGGGCGUCGCGAUAACCACGGGAAUUGUACUAGUCGAUUUGAUCAUUGGAACCGCGACAUUUGGGUCGGCGUAUGAUGAGCCGUUGGCAAAGGGCAUCGUGGAGGUUGCGAUGCUGCUUUUACUAAUGCUCCUCCACUCCUUCCUCUUCUUCAACUACUUCUGUCACAAGCUGGACAAACGCGACUCCAGACCAAUCGUAAAGAGGACGGGCCUACCGUUGGGAGAACCAGAAGCUGCGACACUUGAGGAGGGACAGCCUACAACACAAUUGGAACCGCCGUUUCGCUACAAGCCUUACGAAUAUUACGCCAAGCAGGAGAUGGAGAUCGCGAGUGUCGGACAAAGGCCAAACGAAGGAUUUGUGAUCGACAAGGGUAUAGAAGACAUGGAACCCACUGCUGCGGGGAGUACGACACUAGCAGAGGGACAGUCAGAGGGCCAGAUAUGGUACAAGAUACCGGUACUACGAUCGAUAUUUUCUCGGCAAAAGCCCGAAACAUACGUAUGAGGCAAGAUAUUUACUACAUAUCUAGGUAGGGAUGAGGAGGAAGGACAAGAAUUGGAUAUAUACCACGAUGAUGCCUUUAAUGACAGAUGACGUUCGGAGCAAUGAAAGAAAGCAACAACAACAGGGAC